AUGAGCUCAAGUCGAAUCACAACAGAUGCUGACAACAACCUUGUCCUUUCUCCUCAAAAGCCCACAGCCGCGGUGAUUUUUCUGCAUGGCCUUGGUGACACAGGCCAUGGAUGGAGUGACGCAAUGAUUAUGCUAGCCAAGGGCUUACCGCAUGUCAAGUUUGUGCUGCCAACCGCUUCGUCCAUGCCCGUAACCCUCAACAUGGGUAUGCACAUGCCCGCAUGGUACGACAUUAAGUCGUUGGCCCGCGUUAAUGGAGAUGAUGCUGACGGAAUUGACGCCUCCCGCGACCGUAUCAUGACUAUCAUUGAAAAAGAGGUGGCGGCGGGUAUCCCGUUGUCGCGUAUUGUGUUGGGUGGAUUCAGUCAGGGCGCAGCAUUGUCACUCUUCUCGGGCUACCAGACUAAAAAGGUACUUGGAGGUAUCAUUUCAAUGUCAGGUUAUUUGCCUCGCUAUGCUUCAUUCCAGGUCGCACCGGAGACAGCAAAUGUACCACUGCUCAUGUGUCAUGGUGAACAGGAUCAAGUGGUCCGUUUUGAGUAUGGCAAAAUGUCGAAAGAGAAACUAGAGACAGCAGGCGUGAAAAACAUUAAAUUUCACUCGUACCCGAAGAUGGAACACAGUGCUUGUGCGGAAGAGCUGGAUCACGUGACAAAAUGGCUUGAAGGCGUGAUCCCCGGAAUCUAG